GGAUGUCUUCUCACCAUGGACACCCCUGAGUACAGUAAGUGGGGUGACAGGCUCCUGGAGGACCCCACAGGUAUGAGCAAGAGAACUGCCUCUCUCGACCCCGCUGUCCUCAGUGGAAUGUGUGGGGUGGAGGUGUGGGGAGAAAAGAGACAGCCCAGAAGGUUCUUAGUUGUGAGGACAGGAGAUACACUAGAUCCCUGGAGCCAGCUGGACUGGGGUUCAAAUCCCGACUCUGCCCCCUUUGGGGAUGUGGGGCCAAAGGCAAGUCACAGAGCCUCUCUGAUCCCAGGAGGAGCCCCAGCAUCAAGGACUUUUGAUCCUUGGAGUCCAGGUUCUAGAACAUUCCUGGCUCAGGAUUCAGAGUCUACUCCUGUCACCCCAGGGCCCUGGGGAAGCUGGGGACACUGGGGACGCAGAGCCAUCCUUGUGGGCCUGGUUCUCUCGGCCACCGCAGUCCUGUGGGUCAUCAUUCUGAGUGUCCUGCUGUCCAAGGCUUCCACAGAGCAGGGGACACUGCAAGACCACCAAGACCUGCUAGGGACCAAAGCCAUGAAAUUGACAGCUGUGCUGGGUGACCUGAAGAAGGAGGUGACAGCCUACAAUAGCAGCUUGCAGGGUGUGCAGGCCCAGCUGCAGACCACAAGCAAAGAGCUGAAGGAGGCAGAGGUGAAGCUGAUGGAGCAGGAAAGCACCUUAAGAGAACUGAAUGACCGUGUGACUCAGAGUUUGGCCAAAGCAGGGAGAGACCUGGAGGACAUUCGCACCGAGCUGUUCCGGGAGCUAGGAUCCAUCAAAGUUGGGAACGUCUCCUGUUCCCAGUGCCCUGCAUCCUGGAUACCCUUCCAGGGAUCCUGCUACUUUUUCUCCCAGCAACGUGCUCAGUGGGACCAGGCACAGCGCCUCUGUGCAGAUGCUGAGGCGCACCUGGUGAUUGUGAAGGACCUGGAAGAGCAGACCUUCUUGACUCGGAAUACACGUGGCCUUGGUUACUGGCUGGGCCUGAAGGCAGUGAGACAGCGGGGCAAGAUUCAGCACUACCAGUGGGUGGAUGGAGUGUCACUCAGCUUCAGCAACUGGAAUCGGGGGGAACCCAAUGACUCCCGGGGGAAAGAGGACUGCGUGAUGAUGCUGCACACAGGCAUGUGGAACGACGCACCUUGCAACAACGAGAGAGACAACUGGGUCUGCGAGAAGAGGCAGAGCUGCUGACUAUGCCCAGAGCUCUGGGACACGCCCGCCAGCACUCCCGCCAUCCAACAGGCAUCCAGACACAAUAGCCACGCCCCACUUCCAUCUCAUGCCCACGCCCUUCCCCAGUCAUUCUGCUUUGUUUUUCAUCCCACAGCCCAGAAGCCACUGGAGUUCCUGCAGAACAGACCCUCUGUCCAGUAUCCCUCAAGGCCAGGCCUAAUGCAACCUGUUGGAAACAGGCAGUUUCCAACCUCUCUCCCAACCAAAGGCUGGCUGUUUCGUUUGCUUACAUUGACUCUCCCAGAAGCGUAGACCUCAAAUUCAGGGCUAUGUGAGUUGUCUGCCCAGGUCAAGCUGUUUCUAUUCCCAACUCUGAGGCCAUCUUCCCAGACAAUGCUUUUUAGUCCACGUGCAUAUUAGCUAUCAAGCUCUAACAAAAAUUAUUAAAGUCAUGGGACCUUGGAAUAUACCAAAAACAGAGUUCCUAGCUUCUCCCUGCAUGACGACCUCAAAUCUCAACUGCUCUGUUGUUACCUUUGAGUUCCUGAUUCUUAAACAAUUUGUGCUGCUUUAUAUCUUCAUGUUUUCAGCCACCAAGUUGGUGCUGCUACCAUGAUGCCAACCUGACUUCCCUGGGCAGACGACCUCACCAAUGUGUCCUGGAACCCCCACCUCCCCAGAGCGCUGCCCACUAGGGAAAGACAGAAACAGACUAGGCGUAUGGAUCCACCUGCCAAACACCCAUGUCUAGCAGAGAAGCAACUACAGAAGCCAGACCUCCCACCUUCUGCACCCCAUAAAGAUCUUUGGUCCAUACUUCCAGAAGGAUAAAAAAUAGGGACACUUCCAGUGGAGGGGAUGUGCUAAGGAACUCUGGUGGUGGGAAUUGUAUGGAAUUGUAUCCCUCUGCUCCUGCAAUCUUGUUAAGCAUUGUUGAAUCACUAAUAAACAAAAAAGAGUAAGAAAUGAGUCUUGGA